GGAAAUGGACAACCAGCACAACAAAACAACCAAGUCGAAAACAACAAGUGAGACAAAGCGAUAUCACAGUGUCACAUACGUACCUAAGUUCCACCAACAACUUGAAGGCGAAAUAAACAGCAAUCAGAACAUUACAUUAGCAUACAAAUCUAACAACACCUUGUCUUCAAUAUUUACAAACACAAAAUCUCCAAUAGACUCCCACCAACAAAGCAAUGUGGUAUACGAAAUCACAUGCAAAGGGAGCGAAAACGAAGGCUGCAAUAAGGUGUACAUCGGCACAACGAAACGACCACUGGGAGUUCGCCUAGCUGAACAUGAAGCCGACAUUAGGAAGAAUAAAAACAGCACUGCUUUAGCCCAACAUGUGCUAGCCAGUGGCCAUACAGCUGAUCUGACUAACGCGAGAAUAGUGGAUAGGGAAAAAAGAGAAAAAACAAGAUACACACUAGAGAGUUUAAGAAUUUUGCAAAAAAGAAAUGUAACAAUAAACAAAAAAGAAGACACUGACGACAUCGCGGCUGCAUACUUAUUAUGUUUAUAGCCAUUUUAGUAUUAGUUUGACAAAUGUACCACAGGGUGAUGGUAUGAACGCUGUUUAAAAUUUUGAAGUUUUAAAUGUUAAGUGUACAAUAGUUUAUUUUUCAAAUGUAAGUUUUUCAAUGUUUUCUCAUAAGUGUUUAAAGUUCAGUAUCAUGUUAAAAAUUGCUAAUUGUCAUAGAUUCAAUAUAAAAUUUUUUACUUGUUUUCUUGUGUGUACAAAUGUUUUGUGUACAUAUUAACAAAUUAUAUUAUAACAAUAACGUCCUUAUGUUUGUUUCUUGUUGAUCAUUUAAUAAAGAAAACGCCCCAGAAGAUGCCAAGGAGUUUGGCGAAACGUCGGGCAGCAAAGUGAAGAAAGUUUUUUCUUGCACAUAAGCCAAAUUGAUCAAAAUAGCCUAGUACAAACCAA